AUGGCCAAAAAAAACUAUGAUCUUCUAUUUAAAUUAUUAUUAAUUGGUGAUAGUGGUGUUGGCAAAACAUGUAUUUUAUUUCGAUUUUCUGAUGAUUCAUUUAAUUCUUCAUUUAUUUCCACCAUCGGUAUUGAUUUUAAAAUAAAAACAAUCGAACUUAAUGGACGAAAGAUUAAAUUACAGAUAUGGGAUACUGCCGGUCAAGAACGAUUUCACACAAUUACAACAUCAUAUUAUCGUGGAGCAACAGGAAUCAUGCUUGUUUAUGAUGUAACACAAGCUAGAUCAUUUGAAAAUAUUAAUAAAUGGCUACGUAAUAUUGAUGAUCAUGCAUCCGAUGACGUUGUUAAAAUGCUUAUCGGUAAUAAAUGUGACAUGGACGAUAAACGUUGUAUUAAUCGAGCACGUGGUGAAGCAUUGGCACGUGAACAUGCAAUACCAUUUCUUGAGACAUCAGCAAAAAAUAAUAUUAAUAUAGAAAAAGCUUUCUUCGAAAUAUCACGACUUAUAUUAAACAAAACUCCAUUAAGUUCAUCUGAACCGACAACUGGAGGAUCGAUCGGUGUAUUGCAAGGAAAUAAACAAACGAAUCAAUCGAACUGUAUGAAUUGCAUGUAA